UCCACCCCCGGGGCUGGAGUUCCACCGCGCGCGCGACGCGACUGUCCUAGAGGAGGGAGAAGACACGCGAUCUUUCGGCGAGGCUCGGUUUUGCGUCCACUCGUGGGAGGCGUGCUUGCAAUAAAUCUCCCACCCGCUCCCAACGCCGAGAGGAGUCCCUGGGCAUUGCUUUGGCGCAGCAUUUUCCCCCGUGGUGAUAAGGAAAGCUGCCACAAGUUGUUUAAUAUAAGUUCCAAGGAUAUCAUUCAUCUGAAAUAUAUCAUUAAAUUCAUCUCCCAUUUAAAAAAGCAGACCAAGAUAAACCAGGAAAUGAAAAGAAAUGCUGAGUGUUUGCAAAAUCAAGAUAUACUGGCUGCAUCCCUGUUACAAGGGACCCCAUUUGACAACUUAUGUCUGACAUCCCAAGCUAUUCUUGAGAGAGCCCAAAAACAAGGAAGAUCAAAAUGUCCCAGAUGUCACGGAUCAAGGAUGUUCUACUGUUAUUCAUGUUAUGUUCCAGUUGAAACUGUUCCUGUUGAAGAUAUUCCUAUUGUGAAGCUUCCCUUGAAGAUUGAUAUAAUCAAGCAUCCCAAUGAAACCGAUGGCAAAAGUACAGCUGUACACGCCAAGCUUCUAGCAUCUGAAGAUGUUACCGUUUAUACCUAUCCGUGUAUUCCUGACUAUGAAGAGAUCCAGCAUGAAAUUGCACUUAUUUUUCCUGGACCUAAUUCAGUUUCAAUAAGCAACAUUCCUCUCUCUUUGCAAGCAAAAUGUAAGACGGACACUGAGGGCUUCUCAGCAGUACCAGCACCCAAGUGUGCAAAAUUGGAGCCAAGCCACAGUAGAAUCAUGAGUGAAGAUAAAUUGCCCAAGAGCGAAAAUGCACUGAAAAAAAUUAUAUUUAUCGACAGUACAUGGAAUCAGACAAACAAAAUAAUCACAGAUGAGCGGCUUCAAGGGUUGCUACAGAUUGAGCUGAAAUCUAAGAAAACCUGCUUUUGGCGCCAUCAGAAAGGAAAACCAGAAACUUACCUCUCUACCAUUGAAGCAAUUUAUUAUUUUCUAGUGGACUAUCACAAGGAGGUCUUAAAAGAAAAAUAUGAUGGACAAUACGACAAUUUGCUUUUUUUCUUCUCAUUUAUGUACAGGCUGAUCAGGAAAGCCAAGGAUUCUGCAGGAAAAAAGUGAAGUAUCCCUCAUGCAAAUGUCCCAAAAGAAAUGUGAUUCCUUAUCCUUUAAAACCAGUCCUUUAAAAUUAACUAGGAUUUGAAUGACUGAAACUGACUUACAAGAUAGAAUGCUUAUAGUUAUUGUCUUUUAAAUUUGAACUCAAUCCAAGCUUAACAGAUACAAAGCUUUAAACUUAAGGGGAAGAUUGUCGGAAACAAACCUGGACUUGGGGCAUUUAAAUAGAAAUAUUUUUUUCAUAUUUAUCGAAUAACAAAAUUACUAGCUUCUCCCAAACCGGUAGUUAAAAAAUGUUAAAAAAGAGUUCUGACGAUCGCGCAGCACAGCUGAUCAUCGCUAGCUGA